CCCGAGCUCUCAACCUCGUCGUCGCCGCAGCAGCUUGCGAUCGAUCGAGAGCUAGAAGAAGCAGCAGCAGCAGCUACUUCUUAGCUCGCCGUCGCCGGAGCUAGCUCGCGUGUGACCACCGCCGCCGCCGCCGCCGCCGCACGCAGCCUCAGCUCGAUCUCUGCACUUUGUUCGAUCGCCGGCCAUGGGGGUGGGGCGAGCGCUGAGCGACGCGAAGCCGUACGUGGCGAUGGUGCUGCUGCAGGUGGGGUUCGCGGGGAUGUACAUCGUCUCCGUGGCGUCGCUGAAGCGCGGCAUGAACCACUUCGUCCUCGUCGUCUACCGCAACCUCGUCGCCACCGUCCUCAUGGCCCCCUUCGCCCUCCUCCUCGAGAGGGGAGUGAGGCCCAAGAUGACACUGAGAAUCUUCCUCAAGAUCAUGGGGCUUGCCAUUCUUGAGCCUGUGCUUGAUCAGAACCUAUACUACAUGGGCGCGAAGCUGACCUCCGCCGGCUUCGCCUCGGCGCUCGUCAACAUCCUCCCCGCCGUCACCUUCCUCCUCGCCGUCCUCCUCAGGAUGGAGAAGGUCAGGCUCCGGAGCCUGCACAGCCAGGCCAAGAUCGCCGGCACGGUGUUCACGGUGGCCGGCGCCGUGCUGAUGAUCAUGUACCACGGCCCGGUGGUGCAGUUCCCGUGGUCGUCGUCGGCGAGCGGCAGCGCCGGUCACCACGUCGACGGCGCGGCGGCGGCGGCGGCGACGGCGUCCAGCGCGUCCUCCUGGCUGAACGGCACCGUCAUGCUCGUCGGCAGCUGCGUCUGCUGGUCGGGCUUCUUCAUCCUCCAGAACAACACGCUGCAGAGCUACCCGGCCGAGCUGUCGCUGACGGCGCUCAUCUGCGUGCUCGGCUCGGCGAUGAGCGGCGCCGUCGCGCUCGUGGCGGAGCGCCGCGACAUGAGCGUCUGGGUCAUCGGCUUCGACACCCGCCUCUUCACCGCCGUCUACUCGGGGAUAGUGUGCUCCGGCGUGGCGUACUACGUGCAGGGGCUCGUGACGAGGGCGCGUGGGCCGGUGUUCGUCACGGCGUUCCAGCCGCUCUGCAUGAUCAUCACCGCCGUCUUGGGCUCCACCAUUCUCAAAGAAGAGAUCACUCUUGGAAGUGUGAUCGGCGCGGUGAUCAUAGUGGUGGGGCUCUACGCGCUCAUCUGGGGCAAGGGCGGCGACCACGCCGACAACGGCAAGCCGCCGGCCGCCGCCGCCGCCGCGCCGGAGAAGGGCUUGCCAUUGACCACGCUGCAGGCCAACGGCGACGGCGACGGCAAGCUUGCUGUGCUCGUCGCCGACGUCGAGAUGCCGGCGGUGAAGGAUGUCUACUAGCUUCUCUCUGACUCUCUGUGUGUAUGUGCGUGCAACAAUGUGCAUGCAUGGUCGAUCGCCUCUUGCGUGCAAACGGUGUUAAUUUGAGGGGUAAUUAAGAUGGUUUAGAUUGUUGAUUAGUAAUUAAUUAGCUGUGUGAGUUAAUGAUGGAUAAGAUAUACUACGCAAGUGUUAUGAAAGUGUUAUGCAUGUAGCGUUGUCUGUUGUGACGUACUCUCUGCAAUCGUGGAGACGGAUUAAUAUUGAUUAAUACUCGUAUUGAGCUAGCUAACGACUUUUGCUAA